CCGGAUCUCCUCAAUUUCAAGAAGGGAUGGAUGUCCAUCCUGGAUGAGCCGGGAGAGGUUCCCUCCCCCUGCCUGAUCCGCCUGCAGUGGAAGAAACAUUGGUUCGUGCUGACCGACUCGAGCUUGAGGUAUUACCGGGACUCAAACGCAGAGGAGGCUGAUGACCUUGACGGGGAAAUCGACCUCCGCUCCUGCACGGACGUGACGGAGUUUGCCGUGCAGCGCAACUAUGGCUUCCAGAUACACACGAAGGAUGCUGUCUUUACUCUAUCAGCAAUGACCUCGGGCAUCCGGCGCAACUGGAUCGAGGCCCUAAGGAAGAAUGUGCGCCCGGUCAGCGCUCCGGACGUCACCAAGCUCUCUGACUGCGAUAAGGAGAACUCCUUCCAUAACUGCAUCCCCCAGAAGGGCUCGCUCCGGACGGAGGAGCAACAGCGGCCGGGCUCGGGCUCCGAGGGGAACUCGAAGGGCGGUUACUGGAAGGCGGACGGGCAGCGCCAUGCCUUUGACUAUGUGGAGCUGUCUCCCUUGCCGCAGGACCCCGGGAAUCAGGGGUCCCCGCAGAGGACGAGAGGGAGCUUGAGGAUAUCCGACCGAGCUCCCAAGCAGGAGGAGCUGGAGCGGGAUCUGGCCGUCCGUUCGGAGGAGAGGCGGAAAUGGUUCGAGACCCCUGACGGCAGGGUCCCAAAUAGCGAUGGUCUGGUGGGGGACUCUUCUCGCAAGGCGGGGGAGCAGGACCUCCCCACUCCCCCGCUUUCGGAGGAUCAGCGGAUCAGGCUGAGUGAGGAGAUAGAGAAGAAGUGGCUGGGGCUGAACCGCCUGCCCCUGAAGGACUCUCGGCGGGUGCCCUUGACAGCAUUGCUGAACCAGAGCAAGGGAGGCCACGGAGACACCAGUGAGGCGCUGAAAAAGGAGGUCCAGUCACUGCGGGCGCAGCUGGAGUCCUGCCGGGCCCGAAAUGAGAGCCUUCGGGAGGCGGCAAAAUCCCAGGGAGACAGCCACGUGCCGCGGGGGUACAUCUCACAGGAGGCCUGUGAGCGCAGCCUGGCUGAGAUGGAGUCGUCCCACCAGCAAGUGAUGGAGGAGCUCCAGAGGCACCACCAGCGGGAGCUGGAGCGGCUGCGAUUGUCCCGCACCGCAGCCAUCGAGGCGCUGAAGAAAGCCCACCGGGAGGAGAUGAAUAAGGAGCUGGGCAGGACACGAAGCUUCCAGCAGUGCGGUUCGGUCUCAGAUGCUCUCCAGAAACAGCACCAGUUGGACGUGGAUUCCCUGAAGCGAGAGCUGCAGGUGCUUUCUGAGCAGUACUCCCAAAAGUGCCUGGAAAUUGGGGACCUCACCCAGAAGGCAGAGGAGCGGGAGCAGACACUGCUUCACUGUCAGCAGGAGGGGAAGGAGCUCCUCCGGAAAAACCAGGAGCUGCAGACCCGCCUCUCGGAUGAGAUCGGGAAGCUCCGAAGCUUUAUUUCGUCACGGGUCUCCGGGGACCGCUCUCCGCACAACAACGAGCGGAGCUCCUGCGAGCUGGAGGUGCUGCUGCGGGUGAAGGAGAACGAGCUCCAGUACCUAAAGAAAGAGGUGCAGUGCCUCCGGGAGGAGCUGCAGAUGAUGCAGAAGGAUAAGAGAUUUGCCUCAGGGAAAUACCAGGACGUCUACGCAGAGCUGAACCACAUCAAGGUGCGCUCGGAGCGGGAGAUUGAGCAGCUGAAGGAGCACCUGCGCCUGGCCAUGGCGGCUCUGCAGGAGAAGGAGUUGCUGUGCAACAGCAUCGGCGAGUAA